AUGGAGCUGCGUGUGCUGGUGUUGCUGCUGGUGAUCCCGGGGUCUCUCGCACAGGAAGACUUGGAGGGUAAAAUGUUCCUCUUCCCCAAAGAAACAAACACAGCCCAUGUCAUUCUGAGACCCACAAUCACAAAUCCAUUGCAGAAGGUCAGCGUCUGUCUACGUUCUUAUACGGAUCUUUCUCGCCACUAUACUCCGUUCUCUCUUGCCACUCCCGGGAAGGACAAUGCCUUUCUAAUCUACUUACAGCCUCCAAACACUUGUUCUGUAUUUAUAAACCAGGAGGAGAUUGUGUUUAAGACAGACUCGGAGUCUCUGGACUGGAGACACACCUGUGUGGCCUGGGACUCCAACACUGGAGAGGUCCAGCUUUGGGUCAAUGGGAAGCUCUACCCCGGAGGAGUCGCCAUGAAAGGCUCUUCUAUCGCGGCUGAAACCAGCAUUGUUCUGGGACAGGAACAAGAUACUUUUGGUGGAACGUUUGAUGCUUCUCAGUCAUUGGUUGGAGAAAUAAGUGACGUCCACAUGUGGGAUGAUGUGCUGACACCAGAAGACAUCCAGAUGGUCAUCUCUGGGGAUCUCCAUGGAAAUGUCAUCAACUGGAAAUCUCUGUCCUAUGAAAUUAAAGGAGACGUUCUUGUCAAGCCGAAGGUUCUGCACUUGGAGGGUAAAAUGUUUGUCUUCCCCAAAGAAAUAAGCUCAGCCCAUGUCAUUCUGAGACCCACAAUCACAAAUCCAUUGCAGAAGGUCACCACGUGUCUAAAUACCUACAGUGAACUUUCACGCCCCUAUUCCCUCUUCUCGUACGCUACUCCAAGUUACAUUGCUGCUUUUCUAAUAGUCUUAUGGACUCCGAACACCUAUUCUGUAUAUAUAAACCAGGAGGAAAGUGUUUUCACAACAGACUCAGAGCCCAUGGACUGGAGACACACCUGUGUGACCUGGGACUCCAGCACUGGAGAGGUCCAACUUUGGGUCAAUGGGAAGCUCUACCCCGGAGGAGCCGCCAUGAAAGGAUCUUCUAUCGCGGCUGAAACCAGCAUUGUUCUGGGACAGGCACAAUAUUCUUUUGGUGGAACGUUUGGUGCUUCUCAGUCAUUGGUUGGAGAAAUAAGUGACGUCCACAUGUGGGAUGAUGUCCUGACACCAGAAGACAUCCAGAAGGUCGUCUCUGGGGAUCUCCAUGGAAAUGUCAUCAACUGGAAGUCUCUAAUCUGUGAAAUUAAAGGGGAAGUUCUUGUCAAGCCGAAAGUUCUGCACUUGGAGAGUAAAGUCUUCGUCUUCCCCAAAGAAACAAACACAGCCCAUGUCAUUCUGAGACCCACAAUCACAAAUCCAUUGCAGAAGGUCAGCGUCUGUCUACGUUCUUAUACGGAUCUUUCUCGCCACUAUACUCCGUUCUCUCUUGCCACUCCCGGGAAGGACAAUGCCUUUCUAAUCUACUUACAGCCUCCAAACACUUGUUCUGUAUUUAUAAACCAGGAGGAGAUUGUGUUUAAGACAGACUCGGAGUCUCUGGACUGGAGACACACCUGUGUGACCUGGGACUCCAGCACCGGGGUGGUCCAACUUUGGGUCAAUGGGAAGCUCUACCCCAGAAGAGUCUCCAGGAAAGGAUCUUCUAUCGCGGCUGAAACCAGCAUUGUUCUGGGACAGGAACAAGAUUCUUUUGGUGGAGGGUUUGAGGCUUCUCAGUCAUUGGUUGGAGAAAUAAGUGACGUCCACAUGUGGGAUUAUGUCCUGACAUCAAGGGACGUCCAGAGGGUCACCUAUGGCGAACUCUAUGGAAAUGUCAUCAAUUGGAAGUCUCUGCUCUGUGAGAUGAAGGGAGAAGUUCUUGUCCAGCUCAAACCUUAG